AUGAAUACUACGUUUGAUGAGGAAUCGCAACCUUUGGUGACUCGUCCUGUAACAAGACGAAGGGAUAACUCUGUCGCUAGCUUUUUGGCUAGAGGAAGAAGUAACACUAUAAAUAGUUUGAGAAGCGGGUAUGAGACAGUUAAAAAGCACAAGAAUGAGUUCUGGUUACUUAUAAUCGGAAGUUUGAUGCUAUACCUGGGGUUCACACUUGCAUUUCUGCCGCGUACUUCGCUUUCAAGAGACUUUAGGAGACUUUAUUUCGGUAAGUUGACUAAAUCGGAGGCCUUUAGAAUAUAUAUAGAAUCUUUGAUGAAGGAAAAUAAAUGCUCUACCCAUGUUGAACAGUACACUUCCCAUAAGCAUUGGGCAGGAGAUAGAUUUGUCCUAGACUAUACUGUGUCUGAGCUAUCCAAGCUAGGGUUUACUCCGAGGCUAGAAAAGUACCAUGUUUGGUUAAAUGAGCCCGUAUACACGGAGGUCACCCUCUGGGACAACGGAAACUUGAAGUAUAACGCCAGUAUGGUGGAAGAUGACAUUUCCAUAUCAGAUGAGAAUACUUUAACGGAGAAAGUUAUGGCAUUUCAUGGGUAUUCGGCCAACGGUACAGCUCAAUCCCAAUACAUUUAUUCCAAUUACGGUACCCUAGAAGAUUAUGAACAAUUACGUUUAAACAAUAUUGAUACUAGGGGCAAGAUACAUAUAAUAAGAUAUGGAAGUGGUGUCAGAGGCAUAGCAGUCAAGAAUGCAGAGGAUAAUGGUGCUCUAGGAGUGAUCUUAUUCACAGAUAGCUUUGACGACGGUUUAAUUACAGAAAAAAACGGAUAUAAACCGUUCCCACAUGGUCCUGCAAGACACGAAAGUUCUAUAGAAAGAGGGUCAGUGUUAAUAUUCAGUGACUCGCCCGGUGAUCCAUCAACACCUGGAUACGCUUCCAAAAAGGGUUCGGGUAGAAAAAACACAAGUGAUGCCGUACCUUCAAUUCCAUCUGUGCCAAUGAGUGAAAGGGAAAUCGCUCCAAUAUUACACCGUCUAAAUGGCAAAGGUUUCGAGUGGAAAAAUAAGGGUAAUGUUAAGGGAUUUGACUACUUCAGCGGUCCAUCAGAGCCUGGAAUUGAAUGUAAAGUGUCCAAUCAUCAGAACUAUUUGAUUAAAGAAAUUUCCAAUGUUAUUGUUGAGAUUCCCGGUAUUCUCAAACAACAGGAAGUAAUUAUAGGAAACCAUAGAGAUGCAUGGACCACAGGCGGGGCAGGACAACCUGGUAGUGGUAGUGCUAUUCUACUUGAAAUCGCAAGAGGGUUUUCGGCUUUACAUGAAAAGGGAUGGAAACCUUUACGGACAAUUAAAUUAAUAAGUUGGGAUGGUGAAGAACAAGGAAUGCUAGGAUCAACUGAAUAUGGUGAGGAUCACAGAGACUCUUUACAGCGCGGAACUAUCGCAUAUUUUAAUUUGGAUGGUGGAGUAACUGGUUCAAAGCUUAAUGUAAAAGCCAAUCCAUUGCUGAAUGAGUUGUUAGUUUUGUCUUCGAAAAGAACAUUGUUCAAAGAAGAUCCAGAAACUACUGUUUAUGACUACUGGAAGCAAUCUAGCAAUGUGUCUUUGGAAAUACUUGGUGCCGGGUCUGAUUUCACUGUCUUUCAAAAUAAUCUCGGUAUUCCUUCCAUUGAUUUCAGCUUUGAGAGGGAUCCCAAAACGGAUGCAGUGCUCCCAUUCCACUCCAGCUAUGAUUCUUAUGAAUGGAUGCAAAAGUUCGUGGACCCCGAUUUUUCUCUUCACAGCACAAUGGCAGCUUUCGUGGGAAUGUCAAUUCUUUCACUGACCGAGAAUGAAUUAGUAGGAUUCAAAACUCACGAGUACAUGGUGGAAAUUAGUAAAUACUUCAAAACAAUGUACAAUGACAUUUCUGUCGUGUUCCCGCACGAUACGUUGAUUGACACCUUAAGAAAGAACCUAGCGGAUUUACUAGAACUUCUGACAACCCACACUAGCAUCGACUUCGAUGCAAUGGUGGAUAAUAUAAAGCAGCAAACUGAACAAGACUAUCCCUGGUGGAAGUGGAACAAAAAACUAGAAAUUCUUACCAGGUUAAUAUCAGCAAACUCGAAACUCCGCAAAUUGGACAGAUAUUUCAUUACAGAAAGGGGAAUAAAGGGUCGUCCUUUCAUGAAACAUUCUAUAUUUGCUCCUAACAGAGUAACCGGAUACCAAGGAGACGUAUUACCAGGCUUACAUGAGGCCAUCCUCUCCAAAGACAGACAGGAAUGCAUAUUUUGGCUCGAAACCCUUAUUACCCAAUUAGACAAGGUGGUUUCUCUAUUAACAAUAUAA